AUGGCCUAUCUUGACCUGACCCAGCGCGAUAUCAACGUGCUCGAAAAAAUUAAGGACCCCGAAUAUGAUCCGGCUCUGGCGAUUCAGGUCGACUCGACUCUCCCAAAAGACCCGCACAUUUCCGACCCGGCUCUGUAUCAAUCCAUCGCGCAAAGGGAGCGUGAUAUCAUCCUUUCCAUUCAGAACGUAGAGGUCCAAAACCUCAAAGCCAACCCAGCAAGAACAGGCCCUAGCGAGGAGGUCUUGGAAGGAUAUCGCAAAGCAGUUGCAUCUUUUGACCAGCUCAUCGAGGAAUACCCUCAGUAUGCGAGCGCGCACAACAACAGGGCGCAAGCGCUUAGGCGGCUUUAUGGCGAUGCGAUUCUGGUUUCCGACGCCCCCAGGCUACCACAAGCAUUGCGACAGAAUGUCGGUGAUGCCGAGCGCGUCAGAGUAGGGAAGAUUCUUCUAGGAGAUCUCGACCGAGCCAUCUCGCUUCUUACGCCAACCACACGAUACUCCCGACUCUCUCCCCAGGUGGCCAAGACCUUAUCCAAUGCUCACACGCAAAGGGCCGCCAUAUAUCUCAUGACUUCCAAGCUGAUGUUGACAAAAUCUGUGCUUGUUGACGAGGAGCGGCCGGAGGCGAAGUGGACAAAGAUCGAGUUUGAAGAGCACGCCUCUGCAGACUUUGCCCUGGGCGGGAGGUACGGCAACGAGAUCGCCAAGGGGUUGGCUGUGAGCACAAAUCCAACAGCUAAGCUAUGCGGGCAGAUGGUUCGCGAAGCUAUGAAGAAGGAGUAUGGGCCGGGCAUUGCUCCAUAG